UUAAGAGACAGAACAACACGACCCGAGACUUGGGUAACAAGCCGUCAGCUAUGAGUCAUGGUUCUCGGGCCUCCAGGGCUCGGCUGCAUCUCCACUGUGAUUCCUGCYWCAGUCGGCGCUGCAGGACCCRGGUGGAGGUCUCUAGCUGUGCGGUSGUCCCCUGCCGCCUGCUCUGCGGUGCUGUUUUCCACCUGUGCAAAGARGAGGACCACCUGCUGCUCUGCCCCAAUGUGAGGGUGCCCUGCCUCAACGCUGAGUACGGCUGCCCCGUCCAGCUGGCCCGCUCCUCGCAGGCGGCUCACCUCCAGGUGUGUCCGGCCAGCGUGGUCUGCUGCUCCAUGGAGUGGCUCCGCUGGCCCCUGGACGACACGAACCCCCACGGCUUCGACGCCCUGCAGGACAACGUGCUGAAGGACAGCGAAGCUCAGGAGGAGGCUUUGGACGUCGCCCUGGCUCUUGCUGAUCAGUCGGAGCUUUACCAACGACUCAAAAUGAAGCCAUUAUACCCGGAGCUGAUGGAGGAGGAAGAGGAGGAGGAAAUAAAAGAUGAGAUGAUGGAAGAGGCAGCAGCUGGAGGGCCUGAAAAUGGUGUUCAGGACACAAGUGAAGGACUCCCUGAAACCAGUGUGAGUGAAAAUGUUACAGCAGAGGAAACAGCAGCUAUCUGCAGAGGUCACGGUUCAGUCAUCAACAAAGAGAAGUUCGAUCUGUUUGAGAUGAUGUUCAACAUGGACAAAGGUGCCUGCGCUGUCGCUCAGGAAAAUUUGGAAAAUUCCAAACAAAAGCAAAAGACAGGAGAGAAGACGCAAACCCAGAGUGAGGGAGAAUCAAAAGACGGUGAUAGGCGGGAUAAAGCAGGUGAAGACCAGAGAAACACAAAGCCGGACACCUCUAAUGGACCGACAAACUGUCCUCAGCCAGACACCAGUAAGACCGGGCUGGCUCCGUGGCAGGAGGGGGUCCUGGAGCGUCUGGGCCAGGAGCUCACCCCACAGGAGUACAACAUGUACAUGGUGCAUCACGGACGCAUGCUGCUUGCCUUCGGACAGAUCGAGGCCUGCACGCCGAGGGAGAAGGACUUCGUUUAUGGCAGCCUGGAACCAAUUCCGGUCCAGACCCUGCGUUCCUUUAAGGUUCCUGAAAGUUAUCGCUAUAAACGGCGCAUUCAUCUGUACGACACAGCUGCACGAGUGCAGACUGAAAGCAGAGGUGUCGACACAUCGGAUCUCGGAGGAAGUGAGGACGACUGGUUCACUGAUGAAGCAGCAACCACCCUGCUGGGCUACGCUGAGCAGGCCGUCAUGGGUCACAGGAUCAGCGAGUCCAAGGGUGCAGACGGGCUCUAUGUGGACCAGGGAACACAGACGCACUCCUUCCGCUCGGCUCCGUUUAAAGGGAAGACGACCCUGGCGGAUGUGACGGCAGAAAAACCACCGAAGCUUCACCUGCAGCUUCAAGCGGAGGGCGUGAACAGCAGAAACAACAGAUCCAGCUGCGCGUUCACCUUCCUCUGCGGUCACACCUUCCAUCGCAGGGAGUUCGCCACACACUUCAGAAAUGUGCACAACGACAUCCAGACAUGUUUGAACGGAUGGUUCGAGCAGAGGUGUCCCCUGUCGUAUCUGGGCUGCACCUACACCCAGAGGAGGUUCCAUCCCUCCACACACGAAGCUACCGUCUCCUACGACCAGAAGUUGAGGAGUUUCAACUUAAGUCCAUUGGCGGUUCCCUUGUUGGGUAACAACUCACCCAGCAGCKCCRCCAACUCCUCUAAGGGUCAGAAGAWGAAGAGUGGAAGUGGAGCUGGAGGAGAGGAGGACUCCCUCAGCUCGCUGCCGUAUGAGGUGUUGGUUCACAUGGCUAGUUUCCUGGACAGCCUGUCCCUGUCCCAGCUGUCCCUGGUGUCCCGGCUCAUGAGGCAGGUGUGCUCCUCUCUGCUGAAGGUCAGGGGGAUGGUCACCCUCMGCUGGGAGAAGGAACGCUUCCCUCAUGGAGGAUCUAAGUGGAGGGCAAAACCUGUGUGGGAGUUCAGUCAUUUGUUCUCAGCAGUGGAUUCAUGGCACAUGGCCGCUGACACACAUCCCAUCUCUGCUCAUCUAAAAGUYUGUCCUUACUACCAGACCUCUUCACGGAGCGAGCCAGUUCUCCUCCCCAGCAUGUCUGAGAAAGAGAGGAAUCAGGGAAAUCCAAGCCUUGUUGGUCAUUUUACAGGAAAAAGAUGAUAAUGAAGAUUAGAAAUAAUACGGUCCCAWAUUGUUUAAUAAAUACACUCCACCAAACUUCA